CACAUGACAGCCAGACAGACAUGAAGACUCUGGCUCCCCUUCAGACUGAUCUGAAGGCGAACACAGAUGCCAGACUACAGCGAAACUAUAGAAGUCCAAGGCUGGAAAAUCACUUUCUGGCUCAAGCGCCCUCAGUAUUGUCUCAGCAUCAGAACACAUCUCCAUCCUGGGCCAAGCAGACCUCCACCUCUUCAUCAUGUCCAGCACUCCAGCCAACCAGCCUGUCCUCCACCAUGGCUGCCUCCUCUCUUCUGUCCUCCACCAUGGCCGCCUCCUCUCUUCUGUCCUCCACAAUGGCUGCCUCCUCUCUUCUGUCCUCCACCAUGGCCGCCUCCUCUCUUCUGUCCUCCACAACGAUGAGCUCACUAUCCUCUUCCUCUUCUCUGCUGAGCACUAAGAAUACCCUCCUAAUGGAGUCUUCACUUCAUCCUCCAGGCUCAUCCUCUCUAACCUCCUCCUGUUCCCAUAAUCCUUUACUCUCUUACUCCAAAAUGUCAACUCCCAGUGCCGCCCCACCUGUCUGCUCCUAUUCGUCACCUUCAAUGGAGAAUAAAGUGGGCUCAAAUGAAAAGAGAGAAGCUGAAGACAUGCUUUUCUCACCUGAAGGGCUGCUGGGAUCUACUGAGGAGCCUAGACAGGAUGUCAGACAUGAAAGCAUUGAGGAGGAUGACCAGAUGCUGUCCUCUGAGAUGGAUCUGAAUAUGGACUUAGAUAGAGAGGGUGAGCAGACUGUAGCUCUUCAUGAGGAGUUUGGGGUGCUUGAAGCAAGCGAGGAUGAGCAUCUUGUGCAAUUGAGGGACCGAAAGAACAACCUGCUGAAUAUGGUGUGCUGCUCCCUUGUCAAUAAGAGCUGUACCCCGGGCCAGAAGGACUGGGAUAAGAAGAGGAGUGUGUGGGCCGUUAUUAAGGUUCUGGCCACAGAGAUUACCACAGAAGACCCUGAGUUUCUCCUAAAGGUUGCGGUCUAUACUAGGCAAGAACUAAACAUUCGUAUCACAGCCAACUUCCUGCUGGCACUGGCGGCCCAUCUGCCUGGUUCUAAGCCACACUUGAGAAGGUAUUUUUGUGCUGCUGUACAGCUGCCAUCUGAUUGGCUGGAGGUGACAAGAAUCUAUAGCAUGUGUUUCAGUAAAUCUUUACCCUCCUGCCUGAAAAAAGCUCUAGCGGAUAAAUUUAAGCAGUUCACUGAAUAUCAGCUGGCCAAAUACAAUACACGGAAGCAUCGCUGCAAACACAACAAGAAACAAAAGAAAGGAGAGAAAAUCUCUGAUGCACAGUGGAAAAAGUGGGGUGACCUUGUCAGAGUUGAGGACUCCAUUCUCAAAAAAUAUUUGGAGAGCCAGAAUCGUACUGCUAAGGAUAAAAAACAGAGUGAAUUCAGCCUCAAGAAGAUGAUAAAGCGCCUUCACAUCAAAGAAUCUGCAGAACAUGUCAUGGCCAUUCUGGGAAAGAAAUACCCAAGUGAUCUGAAGGCCUUCUCUCGCAGUGGUCUUAGUGGGGUUUGGGAGAGAGAGAGAGCUGGAAAGCGGAUGAAACUUAAGCAGCCCGACACGUGGGAAUGCAAACUAAGUCAGGAGGGAAACAAGGCUGCCACCUGGGAGAAACUCAUCGAUGGAAAGUCUCUUCCUUUUAUGGCAAUGCUGAGGAACCUGAGGAACAUGAUCUCUGUGGGCAUCAGUGAGAAACAUCAUACUAAGAUCCUCAACAGACUGACCACGAAGAAUGCUGUAAUCCAGAGCAGGCAGUUUCCUUUCCGUUUCCUGUCUGCAUAUAAAGUCAUUUUAGAGCUCAGUAAAUUUGCUGGUGGGCCUGCGGUCGAGGUGCCAAGCUCCAGGGAGGUCCUUCAAGGGGUUCUUAAGAAAUUGCCAAAGAGCCAACGAUACCAACAAUACAGCUGGGAAACAACAGCACGCAAGAGACUGAGGAAUACAAUGAGAGUUCCCUUCGUCUACCGCUUAUUCAAUAUCAAACGCAAUCUCCUGAAAAAAGCAAAUCAGAGGCUGUACACUCAGGAGAUUCUGAACAAGUACAGCUGUGCUUUGGAGAAAGCUGUGCAGAUCUCCUGCAAGUACAACAUCCCGCCUCUCCCUGGACGCACUCUUGUGAUGUGUAAUGCGAAUUUUUCAGAGGAUCGGGACUGGAGUGGCGCUGAUGAUGUCUGCUUGCCCCCUGAAAGCACUGAAGACAUUGACGAGAAUAAACUCUCAGCAUCGGUACAGGAAGCUGCAAUGCUUUUAUGCAUGAUGAUUAACUACUGUAGCGAAGAUUCCCAAGUCAUGCUGUUUUGCUACAAAGGCCUCCAGGAGGUCAAGAUGAAGUCUGAUGUCCUUUUGGAUAAUGUGAGACAAGCAAUGAAGCAAGUGAAGGAUUUGAAUGACUACGAUGUACAGUCUGAAUGCAUAUCUCCCACUACAUUUUUCACCAAGCUAACUGAAGAGAAGACUAAGCUGGAUCGUAUAGUUGUGUUUGAAAAUUUCACCUGCAGAAAUUUAAUGGCGGAUAUCAAUAACUAUCGCCAAGAUACCAACCGUGAUGCUGUCGUGAUAGAUGUGCUGCUCGGAAAAAUAUCUCCAAUGUAUACUUCGAAAUACAAACUGAGCUCCAACACUGUAGAGCUUUGGGGGUUUAGCGAGCAGAUCCUGAAGUUUGUCUCAGAGAGAGGCUCCUCGAGGAUGUUGCAGCAUGUGGAGCACAUGGACAGAGUCUAUAACAUCCCGCCACCACAGGGGCGCAAAACUGAACCUGAGAGAGCUGCUGAUGUCAUCUCACUGCCGGCAACACCAAAGUUCAGAUGGAAGGGUGUGCGAGUGUUCAUCUCUUCUACGUUCAGGGACAUGCAUGCGGAGAGGGAUGUUCUUGUGCGUAGCGUGUUUCCCGAGCUCAGGAGACGAGCCGCUCCACACUACCUCCACCUGCAGGAAGUGGAGCUGCGCUGGGGCGUCACAGAGGAGGAGUCUAACCGUGCUGUGGAGCUCUGUCUGUCAGAGGUCUGCCGCAGCCAGCUGCUGCUCGGGAUUCUGGGAGAGAGAUACGGCCUUGUGCCGCCCCGCCCCACCCUACCUGAGCUUCCUCAAUACAGCUGGCUGAACUCUGCGCCUGAUGGGUUAUCCGUCACUGAAAUGGAGAUUCGACAGUUUCAAGCUCUGUAUCCAGACUCUGCUCAGAGCCGCAUGUUCUUCUACUUCAGAUCGCCUCGUCUCGCCAGUUCGGUGCCAGUGGCAUGGAGGACAGACUUUGUGGCAGAAUCCAAAGAAGCUGAAGCUAAAAUGAACCGCUUGAAAACAUGGAUCCAGAACAACGACUUCAAAGUGACAGAAAAUUAUCCCUGUGAAUGGGGCGGUGUGGUGGAUGGAAAGCCCUAUCUGAAGGGCCUGGAGGACUUCGGGAGGGCGGCGCUGGAGGAUAUCUGGGAAACCAUACAGCAGCUCUUUGUGGAGGAGACGGAUGAAGAUGUGGACUCAGAGAUUAAGGAACAGGAAGUGCAUCAGGAUGCCCAACAGCGGCAGUUUCACGGCAGGGCAAAGCUUAUUUCUAUGGCAACAGCAAAAGUUCAAGAAUGUCAGCAAAAAGGAGGAAUUCUGAUGGUUGAGGGAAAUCCUGGAGAGGGCAAAACUGUGUUCAUGGCUGCCCUGGCCCAGGCACUCAAAACCUCUGUCAAAAACAAGAAAGCCCCUCUGUGUGAUGUCAUAUCCUACUCCACAGAUGCUAGCCAGUCAGCUUGCAGUGUUGAGCAGCUUCUUCACUGUCUUGUUCAAUGGCUGAGGAAGAGAAAAGACGAUGUGGAGUUGCUUCUAAACACAUCAUAUAAAGACUUGUUGUCUGAGUUCUACUUGAACUUGAAUGACCGGAACAAAGAGCCACUUGCAUUGCUUGUUGAUGGGGCGGACCGUAUCCAUGACGGUCGAGGUCAAAGGGUGUCAGAAUGGAUCCCACAGCACAUCCCUAAAGGUGUCUGUUUGGUUCUGAGUGUUACUUCAGAAUCAUCCCUACAAAACACUAUUAGCACAAGGAAAGGUACUGUGUCAUUUCCACUGGGACAAUUAUCUUUACCUGACAAGAAGGAGAUUGUGCAGAAGCAGCUUGUUGAGUUUGGAAAGAAACUGAGUGAUUCUGCUUUCAAUAAUCAGCUUCAGACACUGCUGAUGAAGAAAGGCUCUGUGAGUCCACUCUACCUCCGUUUGGCCUGUGAGGAGCUUAAGAAUUAUGCCUCCUUUGAGAAGAUGAAGGACAGUCUCCAGUCUCUUCCUCAGUCUCUUGGUGAGCUGGUGCAGCACAGUCUGCUGAGGCUGCAGAAUCAAUAUUGCAGAGCAGGACUGGGAUGGGCAUUAGCUACUCUUGCCAUCAGCUCCACUGGACUGCGGGAGAGUUCUCUUUACACUGUACUGAACAUGUGCAAUGAUUUAAACUCCAGAGGUGGUCUGGUGACAUGGCAGGAAAUUCUUCAUAUAGCGAGGCAUCCAGAGAGCCGUGUUCCCAUGGCAGUAUUCUCUCAGCUGGCACGAACUUUGCACAGCCUAAUUGGACCGUCCCAUGGUCAGGGCUCAGAUGACCUCCUGAUUUUGACCCAUCCAGAGGUGAAGUCAGCCUUUGAACAUCUGUAUCUGUCUACUGAGGAGAGUAGAACCAGAAGUCAUCUGAUAAUUGCAGCUCACCUUUGGGUGCAGUCAAAUCCUCAGGGGAAGGACACAUUUCUUCACUCUGAUGCUGAUAUUCUGUCUCAACUCCCUGCGCACCUGAUGGGCAGUAAUCAGUGGGAGCCUUUGUGUUUUCUGCUGUCCAGUUACUACUUCCUCUAUGCUAAUGUGCGGCAUGGACUUCUUCAUCAACUUCUGGAGACCUACAUUUUGUUUGGCCAAAAAUACGAGACCCAUCAGGUGCAAUCCAAAACAUCAGCAGAUAACAUGAAGGACUUUGAGGACUGUCUCAGUUUUCUGAAGCGCCACAGUCGUCUCUUCUCCCAGUGGCCUGCACUCUUUGUACAAACAGCUCUUAAUGAACCUAGUGACAGCUCUGCCCAUUUGUGGGCAGAAAGCAUGACGAGAAAUGGAGGAGUGCAGGCUGUAAAAUGGCUAAACGGCACAGAUACAGCACAAAAAGAAGUCAGUGAGCUGGUUUCCACCUUCCACUCUGAGCCGAGUUGUGUGGUGGUGAGUCCUGAUGGAAAACUUGUAGUAGUUGGAACUGGAGAGGGAACAAUUCACUUCCUGCAUACAGAGACUGGACAGGAAGUGAAGUCAUUGAUGAGCACUGGUGAUGGGAUUUCUGGGUGCGUCUUCCUUGGGGAGGAGCUUCUGGCGACAACCUCAUUUGAUGGGCAGGUGGAGGUGUGGGAUGUUGCGAGUGGUUGCAGAACUGGCCACGUGAAUGCUCACUCCAACAAGAUCACAGGAUGUGAUGUCAGUCCAGACAAAAAACUCUUUGCUACUGUCUCACUAGACUUAAACUUGAAGGUGUGGUCAGCGCAGAAGAGCACAGAAGUGGCCUCUCUCAUGAAUCCCUCCCCUCUGAACUGUGUGAACUUUGACCUCGAGGGUCAGCUCGUGGCAGUGGGAUGCUGGGAUGGAGCUGUUCGUUUGUGGAGCUGGCUUGAACAGAAAAACGUUACGACUCUGUUAGGUCAUCAGAGUUCAGUGCGGAGUCUGUCUUUCUCUCCCUGCUCCUCCAUAUUGUGCUCAGGCUGUCUGUCAGGAGAAGUGCGGCUCUGGUCAGUGACGGCAGCUGCUUGUGUGGGCAGUUAUCAUGCUCACCACGGCUCCACGCAGUCACUAAACUUCCUGCAGGGAGGAAACCUCUUGCUGAGCGCUGGACACGACAGUGUGGUUCAUGUGUGGUCUGGUGGUCUUGGAACUGUCGCUGUACUGGGAGAAGAAAAGAUACCAACACUGCAACAGCAAAAGCGCACCAGACGUGGAAAUGAAGAUGAAACUAAUGCUCUGUGUGUGGCUGUAGCCAGUGGAUAUGCUGCUGUGGGUUACCAUGGAAAUGGUAUCAAAAUGUUCAAUUUGAAAUCAGGAGAGAAGGUUUGGUCCAGUGAGGACCUCCCGGUGUCCAUGCUCUGCCUCAUGUGGAUGGAGGCCAAAGAAACAGAGCUGCUGCUGUCGGGGGGCAUGGAUCACCGUCUCAGGGUCUGGGAAAGGCAAGGAGAAAAUCCAGAAAACCUUGUGUUGAUGGGAUCUUUUGGCGUGCAGAAGGGACCUAUUCUCGCCUUGGCUCAAAACUCCACCUGCGUAGCUUCUGCAUCUGAUGACUUCACUAUUGGUCUGUGGUUGAAGGAUAAUUUGACUUCUAAGCCCUGGAUUGACCCUAAGGUGAAGUGUGUUCUGAGAGGUCACAAUGGAGGGGUCACAUGCCUUGCCUUCAGUCCUGAUGGGAAAGAGUUGCUCUCAGGAGGGAAAGAUCAGGCUUUGAUGAUAUGGAAGGUAAACGCUUCUCCUCCAGUUCUUUCCCAGUCCAUUUCAAAUUGCCAUGGAGACUGGAUUACAGGAUGUGCCUGGACAUCAUCUGCUGUGCUCAGCUGCUCCAGUGACUGUAAGCUGCGGAUGUGGGAUAUCCAGACAGGACGUUUGCUGAGAGAGAUCCUCUCUAGUUCAUCUCUGAGCACAUUGUGCUGUUGGGAGGAUCAUGUGAUGGCAGGCUCUACAGAUGGACUGCUGAUGGUUUGGAAGUGGGAAUCAGGGGUAGAAAUCACCAGGAUCCAGGCCCACAAGUCACGUCUCCAUCACUGCACUGUUGUCUCUCAGCCAGAUCUGGAAAACAAUUUAAAACCGGAAGACUUACUGGUAGCUUCAGCAUCAGAAGAUGGAACUGUUAAACUCUGGCAUCCACUGCAGGUACAGCACCACAACACUCUGCACGGUCACAGUGCAGAAAUCCAGUCUUUAGUGUGCAAAGAGGCUGGACUGCCAGAGUUCCUCACUGUCUCAGUGGAUCGCUCCCUCAGGUCCUGGAGCGUCACCACAGCAAUGGAAACCCCUCGCUGCCAGAAGGGCGGUGUCAGAGCUGUAUGCUUCCUGGGUACUGAUGAUCUCAUGGUGUGUGGUUAUGACACAGGCAGAUUAGAGAUAUGGCAUCAGAAUUCAAUGGUUUACUGGAAGAAGGUCAGUGAUGGCAGCUUAUGUGCAGUCGCUGGGAUGCCGGAUGAUGAGCUGGCGGUGGGUUGCAGCGACUGCUCUGUAUGUAUCUGGAAGCUGGAGCGGGACUCCAAGAAGUGCAUUGUGGGACUCGAUAAGGUGUCUUCAUACAAAGUGAAGUCUCCUGUGAGCUUUUUGUUCUACUGUGGCUGUCUGUUUGGAGUAUGUACGGAUCGAAAAAUCGUUGAUGUGGUCUCUACUAAAGACUGGAUCAGAGAAACUUAUGCCUGGGCAAACGAGGUACGUCCUCUCGGCGUGAUGGCGAAUGAUAGCAAGAGUUUUUGGCUUUUGGGACAGAAACAGGGCGUACUGUACCUUGGCCUCAUUAUGUCUCUGAAUCCGAGUAGCUCUUACUACAUAACUUUUUGUGAAGAUGUAGUGGGCAAGAGGCUGGAGGACUUAGAGGCAGAGGAAGAGAAGCAGCAGCAGGAGGAGCAGGAGCAGCAGCAGCAGCAGCAGAAGGUGGAGCAGCAGCAGCAGGAGGAGCAGCAGCAGCAGCAGGAGGAGGAGCAGCAGCAGAAGGAGCAGCAGGAGGAGCAGCAGCAGCAGCAGCAGGAGCAGCAGCAGCAGGAGGAGGAGCAGCAGGAGGAGGAGCCAAAGAAGCUGAGUGAGGAACAGCAGAGGGAGAGGCGAAGUACACUACAGAGGGCGGCACAGAUCAACACCUGGAUCACAGCUGCAGCAGUGCAGAAUGACUUUUUUGUGUGUGGUGAUUGUAAAGGGAACAUGUGGUUCAAUCAGCCUCCUAAUCUGUCCACCUGGACUCAAAGAAGACCGGCACACACAGACAAAGUGAGUGUACUGCGGCUUACAGAGAGCCUCAUCAUCUCAGCGUCUCACGACAGAACCGUCAAACUGUGGGACAGACGAACUAAGAAACAGGUGGGCAUGUUUGUGUGUGGAGGCCCUGUCAAGGUGCUGGAGGUGAACCCAUGUGACCCCAAGGAAUUUGUUUGCGGUGAUACGCAGGGUCAGCUGUACUUCCUGUCUUGGAAAGAUUGAUUUUCUGAACAUCAGGGAUCAUAGGACAUCAAAGGACACAGUCACUUGUUGCAUGUCAUUAUUCAUACAUUUAUAAACUUUAAUCUUUUAUUCUAUUAGUUGUAAUGCUGCAUUCUGCACAUUUUCUUUUUAUUUUACAUGCAUGAAGCAUUUUGCACUAAUGAUACUAUUGCCUUAAACUGAGCCAUGAUAUGAAGAAUAUUUGAUUUUAUUAUAAUAAAUUUGGCAACCACUUGAUUAUAUAUUCAGAUUGUACAUCCUUUAUGUAUGAAAAGCUUCUUUGGGUGAAAAAACCAUCUGCAAGUUCACAUGGGGAAAAGCUCCUUAUUUACUAUUUCUUUAAUAAAGUCCUUGUUGCACUUUUAAAA